AAACACGCACUAUAUAGCCUCAUAACAUGGUUAAAACUAUCAUUUUGACAUCAUGGACAGUCAGUCCUUGCAUCCAUAGCUCUGUCAAUUAAUUUGACAGUGGUUAGAUAAUGUAUUUCACCAGCCCCAUCUCUCAGCUUUUUAGUGAAACAGUGGCGGGGAAAAUGCUUUGUUAUGGUUUCAAGUGCUGAUUGCCGCUUUAAAGGGGAAAUCUGAGAUUGAAACAGCAGAAAAGCGGUUACCAUUACACUUUUUGUGGGCUGGACAGAUGUAACCAUUGUCAUAAAUAAUUUUUUCAGGCUCUAUUUAUUUGUAUGUUUUUUAUUUUAUUUUUUUUACAAUUUACGUUGUUUACAAACAAUGGAGUAAAACAAGUUCAUAUUUUGUGUUUUGUUGCGGUAAGCCAGUUGAACUAAGCUCAUGAGGCAUUGGCCCAUGGCUAUCUAUAGUUAUUUUAAAUCUGAUUGCCCCAUUUAAUACAUAGUUAGAAAGUUGAUUGCAUGUACCUGGGUAAUAGUACAAUAGACUCUUUUGUUAACCUCUUCUCUUUAUGAUAAAAAACUUUGUCUAUCUCUAAAAAUGGUGUAAAAAAUGUCAAUUGUUUUGAUAUCACUACAAAAAUGGUCUUACAUCUAACAAUACAUUUAGUAUUCAGAAAGUGAAUUACUGUAUAACGCUGACUCAUUAUAGGAAGUGAAUUGGUGUAUACCGCUGACUCAUUCCAGGAAGUGAAUUACUGUAUAACGCUGACUCGUUCUAGUAAGUAUUUUUAUAGUUGUUAUUUUGUGUUCCAGAAAUGGCGUCCUCUAGCCGUCUCAUGUCUGAAGUUCAGUUCCAGUGCUCUAUCUGUCUGGAUGUGUUCACUGAGCCUGUCUCCACACCAUGUGAACACAACUUCUGCAAGGUCUGUAUCAGUGGAUACUGGGAUACCACUGACCUGUGCCAGUGUCCACUGUGCAAGCAUAAAUUCAACAGAAGACUUCAGCUAAAAACCAACACAACACUCAGGGAUGUUGCAGAUUAUUUUAAACGGAAGAGAGCGGGAGACCUAGAUGAGUCCCUCCCUUCGCUUAGAGAAAUGGUCUGUGAUGUUUGCACUGGCAAACGGUGUAAGGCUCUGAAGUCCUGCCUGGAGUGUCAAACCUCUUUCUGUGAGACUCACCUGCAGCCUCAUCAGAGAGUCACGGGCCUGAAAAGGCACAAGCUAAUAGACCCCGUGGAGAACCUGGAAGACAGGAUGUGUAAGAAGCAUGACAGACUGCUGGAGCUGUUCUGUAGGACCGACCAGAUGUGUGUGUGUCAGUUCUGCAUUGAGACAGACCACAAGAAUCACCACACCGUCCCUCUAGAAGAAGAGUGUGGAGAGAGGAAGGUUCAGCUGUGGAAGACGAAGCAACAGAUACGGCAGAUGAUCAGGGAACAACUAGAGAAUGUUCAGAAUGUCAAACACUCAGUAGAGCUCAGCAAGAGAGAUACACAGUGCGAGAUGGCCGACAGCCUGCAGGUCUUCAGUGAUCUGAUUGAUUCCAUUGAGGAACGCAAGGCUGAGUUCAUUGAGGAGGUUGAGAAGAAGCAGAAAGCAGCAGAGAAUCGGGCUGAAGGGUUUAUUAAAGAGCUGGAGCAGGAAAUCACUGACCUACGUAGGAGACACACUGAGUUGGAACAGCUCUCACACACUGAGGACCACCUCCACCUCCUCCAGACCUUCCCAUCCCUGUGUACCCCUCCAAACAUCAAGGACUGGUCUGAGAUCAGUGUUUACAGUGAGACGUGUGUGGGGAAUGUGGGGAGAGUUUUGAUAAAUUCCUUGUCUAGGCUGGAGACGAUUGUGGGAUUCUUUUCUGAAAGAUGCACUAAAGCAGUGGCGCACUUUCAUGACAUCAAUCUGAAGAAGAUGCAGCAGUAUGCAGUGAAUGUGAUUCUGGACCCUGAUACAGCAUAUGAAAGGGUUGUCGUAUCCAAGGACAGGAAACGGGUGAGAAAGGGAGUUAGAAGAAUGAAUCUCCCUGACAACCCAGGUAGGUUUCUUUGGAGUCACUCUGUCUUGGGAAAACGGGGCUACUCCUCUGGAAAAUUCUACUAUGAGGUGCAGGUGAAGGGGAGGGUUUCCUGGAAGUUAGGAGUGGCCAGAGAGUCCAUCGAGAGGACUGGGUUGUGUUCACUGAGCCCUAAGAAUGGAUUCUGGACUGUGGAACUCAGGAAAGGGGAUAGGUGUCGGGCCAACAACUCUCCUUCUCUAACUCUCUUCAUUGAGAAGCCCCAGAAAGUGGGGGUGUUUGUGGAUUUUGAGGGGGGUCGGAUCUCCUUCUAUAAUGUGGAGGCCACGUCUCAUAUCUACUCUUUCAUUGGCUGCAACUUCACUGAAAAACUCUAUCCAUACCUUAACCUUGGUGGUUUUGAUUUUGGAGUUCAAACGUCUGCUCCAUUGGUCAUUACUCCAAUCAAUCAUUUACACAGACUUAAUCAGAGUCCAAUAAGGCCAUAGAGGUUUAAGCAACGCAGAAUCGGCAAUGUAACAUAUUACCAACCUGACGACGCUGAAAACGAAACUUGUUUGUUAAUGUAAAAUAUAAAUAAGUGCGUAAGCCUGUCUUCUCUUGUGAUUUCUACACUUGUUUUUGAAUACCACUUGUUCCUGCCAGCACCUGGAUCCAGAUGCACGGCUGUGCACUGUUUUGUUUUUGCACUGCUAUUAAAAUGACUGAACAUUAUAUUGAACACCAAUGAGUAGUCAGUCUACCCACUUUCAAAUUCAACUGUAAGUAAGCCUUAAACAGACUAUUGAAUCGUCAGAAAUUAGUGUCUCAGUCCCAAUCAUGAACUAGGUUUCCAUCUAAUUGGUGACAGAUUUUCAUGCAAAUAUAUUCUAGAAUCUGCAUAUAGAAAAUAUGCACAUUUUCUCACCAGUGGAAUGUUUCCACCAAACUGACUUCUUGCAGAUCAAAAUCAGUGCAGGAUGACAGUGCACACAAAAUGUACUUUUUUUUGCUUAAGUUUUCAUAUAACGAAUAAAAAUCUAAAGUUCAAUGUGUUUCCAUCACAUUUUCAGCUCCACUGAUUUAAAUAGCGUUAAAGGGGCCUGCUCUGGUCUUGACACGUUCGCUCUAGCCACCCACUGGCAGAUACUGUGUGGGGAGGCUAGUCUACACGACAGAUACUGUGUGGGGAGGCUAGUCUACAUGACAGAUACUGUGUGGGGAGGCUAGUCUACAUGACAGAUACUGUGUGGGGAGGCUAGUCUACAUGACAGAUACUGUGUGGGGAGGCUAGUCUA